AUGAGUUAUAACGUCCCCUCUCCCAACGAGAUGGAGGUCGACGCCCCCGAUGCCGACCAAGAUGCCGAAACCCUCCAAGAUCUUCCCCUAGCCAACGACUUUGAGGCCAUGAAGGAAAUAGUUCUUCCCCCUUUGCUCGACCAGCCCAAGAUCCUCGAGGACUGUGUAAACACAUGGACCGUUGAAAACUGGCGCGACCUGCCGAAGAAGGAGCAUGGUCCCAUCUUCGAAGCUGGCGGAUUUCCCUGGCGCAUUUUGCUCUUUCCCCACGGAAACAACACCGAUCACUGCUCCAUCUAUCUCGAGCACGGUUUCGAGCCCGACGCUGUACCGGACAACUGGAGCUGCUGCGUUCAAUUCGCUCUUGUCCUCUGGAACCCUAAUGACCCUAGCCUAUACGCCAACCAUGCCGCUCACCACCGCUUUACCAAGGAAGAGGGUGACUGGGGCUUCACACGCUUCGUAGAGAGCAGAAGACUGUUUAAUGUGCCAUGGGAGAAUAGCGCUAGACCCCUUCUCGAGAACGGAACGGCCAACAUUACAGCCUAUGUUCGCUUGGUCGAAGACGAGACCGGCGUCCUUUGGCACAACUUCAUCAACUACGACUCCAAAAAGGAAACCGGCUAUGUCGGUCUCAAGAAUCAGGGCGCCACGUGCUACCUCAACUCCCUUCUCCAGUCACUAUAUUUUACCAAUGCCUUCCGCCAGGCUGUUUACGAAAUUCCGACCGAAAAUGAUGACAGCCUAACAAAUUCUGCAUACACCCUGCAACGUUUGUUUUACCAACUACAGACUUCAGACCAGGCUGUUGGCACAAACGAGCUUACAAAAUCAUUCGGCUGGGAAACGAGACACAUCUUUGAGCAGCAAGACGUGCAAGAACUUUCGCGCAAGCUCAUGGAGAGACUAGAAGAGAGGAUGAAGGGUACCAAGGCCGAAAAUGUCUUGCCCGAGAUAUUUUCUGGCAAGAUCAAGACUUACAUUUCUUGCAUCAAUGUCGACUAUGAAUCAAGUCGCGUCGAAGACUUUUGGGACAUUCAGCUCAACGUCAGCGGCAACAAGAGCCUUCUCGACAGCUUUCAGGACUACAUUCAAGUGGAAAAGAUGGACGGCGAGAACCAGUACUUUGCCGGCGACGAGCACAAGCUGCAGGACGCGGACAAGGGUGUCAUCUUUAACAGCUUCCCCGAUGUUCUCCACCUCCAGCUCAAGCGCUUCGAGUACGACAUCCAAAGGGACAUGAUGAUGAAGAUCAACGACCGCUACGAGUUCCCCAAUGUUUUUGAUGCCGCACCCUACCUCAACGAUGAUGCGGAUAGAUCCGAGUCCUGGACGUAUCAGCUUCACGGUGUCCUUGUUCACAGCGGUGAUCUCAACGCCGGCCACUACUACGCUUUCAUCAAGCCCGAAAAGGACGGUUGGUUCUACAAGUAUGACGACGAUAAAGUCACCAAGGCUACUUUGCGAGAGGUAUUGGAGGAGAAUUAUGGCGGCGAGGAGCUUGUUCCCAACGGCUACACCAGGGCCCCAGCGCAGAAGAAAGCACCUACCGUUCGCCAGAACAGCGCUUACAUGUUGGUCUAUAUUCGCCAGACACGGGUUGACAAGAUCCUCUGCCCUGUUGCCCAAAACGAUAUUCCCUCCCAUCUGCAGCAACGUUUUGAGGAAGAGAAUGUUCUUAAGGAGGCCCGUCGCAAGGAGCAACGGGAAGCCCACCUCUACAUGAUGGCCAAGGUCAUCACCAGCCAGACCUUUCGCAACUAUGGCGGUACCGACAUGGGCCGCUUCGACAGCACCGAACCGGAAGACGAGUCGGCUCCCAGGUCGUACCGUGUCAAGAAGUCAACUGUCAUGGAGGACUUUGUACAGCAGGUGGCCGAGGACAUUGACCAGGACCCUCGAAGGGUCCGUCUAUGGCUCAUGGUCAACCGCCAAAACAAAACAAUUCGUCCUGACCAGCCAGUCAUGGAUAUGGGACUGACUGUGGAGGAGACUUAUGCGCGCUCUGCCGCACACAGAGACUCAAGCCUUCGACUUUGGGCCGAGGUUGCGACGGAGGUUGACGACGACGGGGUUGCCAUCUGGCCCUCAUACCAGGCCCCUGCCGCAAACGGCAUCAAAGAAGAUACCAUUCUCCUCUUGCUCAAGCAUUUUGAUGUGGAAAAGCAGGAGCUCCACGGUGUGGGUCACAUCUAUAUGCCCAAGGAUAGGAAAAUUGAAGACAUGGUGCCUCUGAUCCACGCCGCCAUGGGCUGGGAGGCCAAGUUGGCUGACGACGAACGCCUUUUACUAUGGGAGGAAAUCAAACCUAACAUGAUCGAGCCCCUCAAGCCCAAGAUCACUCUCAAGACGGCCGAGUUGCAGGAUGGCGACAUUAUCUGUUUCCAAAAGACGCCGGAGCACAAGCUUCAAGCCCGCGUCUCCGACGCCUCGAGCAAAGAGCCGGCUCCAUCGGCUGACCGCAUGGAAGACGCCAGAGAAUACUACGACUUUUUGGAGCACAAGAGGGAUGUGCGAUUCCACGCCCACCCCAACCGCUGCGACCAGGAAAAGUAUCCCGCCUUUGAGCUCGUUCUCAACUCCAAGAUCAAUUACGACACUUUGUCUGAGAGCGUGGGGGCAUAUCUCAAGGUGGACCCAACACAUAUUCGUCUGUGGACUGUCAACGCAUCCACAAACAACCCCAAGGCACCCGUCAGGCGCGGCACCAACCCAACUUUGCGUCAAAUUCUCCACCCCGCUGGAGGCAGCCUCAACUCUAGCCAGAGAAAUGACGCCUUCUACUUUGAAGUGCUCGAGAUGAGUCUGGCAGAGCUGGAUACAAAGAAGAGCGUCAAGCUCACAUGGCUUAGCGACGGUCUCACCAAGGAAGAGCAGUUUGAUCUCUUGGUGCCGAAGACGGGCACGAUUGAGGAUUUGAUUCAGGCUUUGAUCAAAAAGGCCAGUCUCUCGGACGAGGCCGAAGGGGGACGGAUACGUGUUUACGAAACGAGUUCCAACAAGUUCUAUCGUGAACCUGUCCGUGAGCAUGCUGUGCAGAACCUGAGUGACUACACACAAAUCUACGCAGAGCGUGUGCCUGCCGAUGAGCAGGACGCCAACGAAGCCAACUAUAUCCAGGUUUUCCAUUUCCAGAAUGAACCCAACCGUACUCACGGUGUGCCGUUUAAGUUUCUUCUUGUUGAGGGAGAGACGUUUGCGGACACCAAGAAGCGCCUUGAAAAGAGAACGGGUCUCAAGGGCAAGAGUUUUGAAAAGAUCAAGUUUGCGAUUGUUCGCCGAAGCAACCCUUCGAAGCCCCACUAUCUCGAAGAUGACGACGAGCUCUGGAAUCUAGUCACCUCCGAGGACGACUUUCUCGGUCUGGAUCACAUUGAUCGAACGAGAUCCGUGCGGAACGGUGCGGAGGCACUGUUCCUGCGUUGA